AUGAGAAUUCCUCUGUUUUCAUGGCUUUUCUUAAUCCUUAUUCACUAUGUUUCACUCAGCGUCCAUGUAUUUGUGGUCUCUAGUCAAUGUCCCAGCGACGAUCAGCAAUCUUUGUUGCUUCAAUUGAAGAACAGCCUCCAAUUUGACUCUGCAAAAUCUAACAAACUUAAGCAGUGGAAAAAUGGCUCAGAUUACUGCUCUUGGGAAGGUGUGUCUUGCAAAGAUGGAUGUGUUUCUCAUCUCGACUUAAGCAGCGAGUCAAUUUCAGGAGGAGUUGAUAAUUCAAGUGCUCUUUUUGAUCUGCAGUACAUCGAGAACCUGAAUUUGGCUUACAAUAACUUCAACACUCAGAUUCCAUCCAAGUUCGACAGGCUGACCGGUUUGAGUUAUCUGAACCUGUCAAAUGCUGGCUUUGUGGGGCAGAUUCCAAUUGAGAUUUCACACCUGGCAAGGUUGGUAACUCUUGAUUUAUCUACCUUUUACUUUCCCGGUCCACUGAAACUUGAGAAUCCAAAUUUGAAUGUGCUCCUUGGCAACCUUUCUGAGCUUAUUGAACUUCAUCUUGAUGGUGUGAGCAUAUCAGAUCAGGGAACUGAGUGGUGCGAAGUGAUAUCGUCUUCACUGCCAAAGUUGAAGGUGUUGAGCUUGUCCACUUGUAAUCUUUCAGGCCCUAUUGAUAUUUCAUUACAGAAGCUUCACUCCCUCUCAGUUAUCCGUUUAGAGAACAAUAAUUUGUCUGCUCAAGUUCCAGAAUUCUUCUCAAAUUUCACAAAUUUGACUUCGUUGCACCUCAGUAAUUCUGGGUUAGAUGGUACAUUCCCAAAGAAGAUCUUCCAAGUACCUACACUGCAGACUAUUGACUUGUCGGGUAAUCAACAGCUUCAAGGUUCUUUACCAGAAUUUCCGAAGAAUGGAUCACUUCGUUCCUUGGUUCUAAGUGGGGCAAAUUUUACGGGGUUUUUUCCAAGCUCUAUGGGCGACCUCAAAAUGUUGUCCAGAAUAGAUGUUUCAAGUUGCAAUUUCACUGGAUCAACCCCAAGCUCAAUGGAAAACCUUACACAAUUGGUUUCUGUGGACCUCUCAUGGAACAAGUUCAAUGGUUCUAUUCCAUUCUUCAGUAUGGCCAAGAAUCUGACCCUAAUAAAUCUUUCAUUCAAUCUUCUGACAGGUCAGAUUAAUUCCUCUCACUGGGAAAACCAUACUAAUCUAGUGAAUCUCGACUUGAGAUUCAAUCUACUUGAUGGGACUAUCCCACCAUCUCUAUUUUCUCUUCCCCUGCUGCAGAAACUACAACUUUCUGACAAUGAAUUCUCUGGUCAGUUACUUGAAUUUGCUACUACAUCUGUACUGGACACCCUUGAUUUGAGUAACAAUACGUUGGAAGGGCCUAUACCAAUGUCUAUCUUUAAUCUCAAAGGGCUUAAGAUUCUUUCACUUUCUUCAAACAACUUCAGCGGCUCCUUUCCUCUUGAGCUUCUUCCACAACUGAAAAAUCUUUCGAGUCUUGAUCUUUCGUACAAUAGUUUGUCGAUUAAUUACAACACCCCCAAUUCCUGUGUCACUUCCUUUCCUCAAAUUACCACAUUGAAAUUGGCAUCUGUCAGGUUGAGAAGAUUCCCAGAUUUCUUAAGAGACCAAUCCCACUUAAGCAAUUUGGACCUUUCACAAAACCAGAUUUGUGGAGAGAUACCCAACUGGAUUUGGAGGCUCAAUAAUCUUUCUCAACUAAAUCUUUCUUGCAACUCUCUGGAAACUCUAGAAGGUCCUCUCCUCAAUGUUACUUCUAGUUUGUCUGUCCUUGACCUUCAUUCCAACCAGCUUAAGGGACAAAUCCCACUUCUUUCACAAUUUUCAGUUUAUAUAGAUUAUUCAAUAAAUAACUUUAACUCUAGCAUACGGACUGACAUUGGUGAUUUCCUUUCUAAUACUAUAUUCUUCUCUCUUUUAAACAAUAAAUUUCAAGGAAUCAUUCCAGAAUCUAUAUGCAAUGCGUCAAAUCUUCAGGUUCUUGAUGUUUCAAAUAAUUCUCUCAGUGGCUUGAUUCCCAAGUGCUUGACUGCAAUAAGUGGGACUCUUGCGGUACUGAAUUUGAGAAGAAACAAUCUUUCUGGCACUGUUUCUGGCACAAUGUUAGAGGUUUUGAACCUUGGAAACAAUCAAAUAGCAGAUACGUUUCCUUGCCUGUUGAAGAACAUUUCCACCUUGUUCUUGUUUUGCGAUCCAACAAAUUUUAUGGACGCUUUGGAUGCCCCAAGCCCCAUGGAAACUGGUCAGUGCUUCAAAUUGUUGACAUAG